AUGCCUCACGGAUUCCCCAACUUCCGCUCUCUGCCUGAGGUCUACGACAGGGCCGCUGAGAAACAAGCCAUGGGCAUUUCUUCAUCUUCAUCUUCAUCUUCAUCCUCGUCUUCAACUUCGUCUGCAUCUUCAAGAACUGCGUCUUCGGCUGCCUCCUUCCACAGCGAUGCCGAGACCCUUCGAGAAAAGCCAAAGUCCAAGCUGCGCAAAGUCAUUGAUAUCAUGAACCACAUCGCUCCGCCCCAGCGCCCUGCCACGGGCAGCAUGUGGAUGAAGCACUUGUAA